GACCACGUUGUUUACAUGCAGAAAGUAAAAGCGCCCUCUCGUUAUCAGAUUAAACUGUGCACGACUGAUUACAGCAGUUUACUCAUUGAUUCUCUGGCAAUUCAUAUUGGAAACAUUUUGCAAACUUACAGGAAGCAAUUGUUGCACUGCAGAAAACGUUGUUUGUGUUGCAGUUUGACUGGUUCGAAGAAAUGAUGAAGAUGGGAACAGCAUUGAUUUAUGAUGAGGAGAUGACCAAAUACAAACUGCUCUGGGUUGACCCUGCAUGUAAGAUCGAGGUACCUGAGCGUCUGACAGUGAGUCAUGAGGCUUUGAUAAAGAGCGGUCUUGCUGAUCGUUGUGUCUCCGUACCUGUCCGCCAGGCGACUGAUGCAGACAUCCUGCUGGUUCACAGUGAGGAGUACUUGGAGGCAGUGAAGAAGACCCCUUAUAUGACUCUGGAGGACCUGAAGGAGUUCACCCUGCAGUAUGGCGACGUCUACUUCCACCCAAACAUCUAUCACUGCGCCAAGCUGGCUGCCGGCGCCGCUCUGCAACUAGUGGACAGUGUUAUGACGGGGAAGGUGAGGAACGGCAUGGCUCUGGUCAGACCACCAGGACACCACAGUACGCGCAGUGCUGCCAAUGGAUUCUGUGUGUUCAACAAUGUGGCCAUAGCAGCUCAAUAUGCCAAGCAAAAAUAUGGAGUUAAAAGGGUGUUGAUAGUUGACUGGGAUGUACAUCAUGGUCAAGGUGUGCAGUACUGUUUUGAAGAUGAUCCGAGCGUGCUGUACUUCUCAUGGCACCGCUACGAGCAUCAGAAAUUCUGGCCUCAACUUAGAGAAUCCGACUAUGACAAUGUCGGCAAAGACAAAGGGGCAGGAUUCAAUAUAAACGUACCAUGGAACAAAGUGGGAAUGAAGAACAGUGACUAUCUUUCAGUCUUCUGUCACGUCCUUCUGCCAGUCGCAUACGAGUUUAGUCCCGACUUGGUCUUGGUGUGUGCAGGCUUUGACUCGGCCAUCGGUGACCCAGAGGGUGAAAUGCGUGCCAGCCCGGACAUCUUUGCCCACCUCACUCACCUCCUGAUGAACCUCGCAGGAGGGAAACUGUGUGCUGUACUGGAGGGAGGAUACAACUUGACUUCCCUCCCCCAGUCUGUGUGUCAAACAGUUCAAACUUUGCUUGGAGAUCCUGCACCUCGACCUGCAAACCUCAAUGGUCCCUGUGAAAGUGCACUUGAGUCCCUUCACUGUAGCCGAUCAGCUCACAGGCCGUACUGGUCCUGUCUAAAACAUGCAGCCGAGCUACCCACCUCUGAUGUCAGCACAAAGCGCUCUAAAUUAGAAGAAGAAGAAGAAGAAGAAGAAAGGCUGGAGGAGGGAGAAGAGAAGAAAAGCGCAGAGGAAGAAGUUUGGCCAGAGCCUCCGAAACGUGUCGCUCCUCCUGUCCGCACUGCUUUAGUCCUCCCUAAUGGCGUGGCUUGCCCUGACGGAUGUACACGCUUCAGCUCACCCGACGACUCGGUCAUAGUCAGCAAACUCAAGAAGAAUCUCCUCAAAGAUUCAGACGACAGCGACGCUCUCACAACCCUCGCCAGUCUUAUUGCCCUCAUAGAGAAAAUGGAGAAGAAUGAGAUCUGCAAUGGCUUGGCGCUGGUCCAUGACGUCUCCAUGGCGAUGAUGUGUGUUGUCCAGCACGCUGCAACUGCUCUCAGCAACCGGGUUUUGGUCGUGUGUGUUGGAGACGCUGCGGUCUCGAGUCACUGCGCAGAGGAUGGGAAAACACUCCUGGUGCAGUUCAGCAACAAGCAGUCAGAGGAACAGAAAUGCAAAUAUCACAUUCCUGUGUGUCUGAAGAAGAGCGGCGGUGACGUGUCCGGCUUCACACAGGCUGUGCUGGGCCUCCUUCUGCCUCUGGGAUACGAGUAUGACCCCAGUCUGGUCCUGUUGGUUCGGACUCCAGAUAGCGGGCUGUGUGACGCUGUGUGGCAACAACUAACAGGCCUGCUGCAGGGCCUCGCACAAGGACACACGCUGGUGCUCAUGCAGGAAGGUGAAGGGGCAUGUGUCGGCCCCACGACUUCCUCUCUCCUCGGGGACGCUGCCCCCUCUCUGGGGAAGCUUCAUGCUCCUCUACCAGAGGACGUGGAGGCGCUGGAGAGACUGAGACACAGACUGCAGGGCGACUGGAAGCUACUGCAGACUACAGCACCCGAAACUGGACGAGUUGAUGAGCACUGAAGCCGACACUGCUGCUUUUUUUGUAAAGAAAUCAGUUGACGCGUGUAAAUCAAACGUCAUUUUCAAAUGUUUUAUAGUCCAAACGUAGCUUUUAUCAUUCACACCGUGCCCUAAAAUAAACUGUAUUUUUCAUGUGAACCCCAUGAUUGAUUGUCUAAAUGAUUUUCAGUGCUUUUGAUUAACAAUCAAAAUUAUUAUUGUUAUUAAAUUUGUUGUCAUCAGUAACGUCUGUGUAUAAAGAAAAUACAGGUUUGUGUUAUAAAUUAUGAUGAGAUGAGAAACAAAUGGUGAGUCUCCCCCCCCCCCCCCCCCCCAUUGAUACAUUUAACUCUUAUUUCUGUGAAUUUAUCUCUAAUGUAUUGCUGUCAAAAGUUAACAUUUUAUCAUGCAUUUGUUGUUGCACUACGAUCAAUUACUGUGUAUUCUUUUUUAAUAGUAAAGAAUAUUAAAUAUUCUAUAAGUACAAUUUUGAUUUACUACAUUUAUUUCAUAGCUUAAGUUACUAAUUACUUUUCAUAUGAAGGUUUUACACACAACAUAUAAGUUUCGUAACAACAGUAAAUUCUUCAACCAACUACACCGUUAAAGUACUGCUUAUAUGAAUUAAUAUAUAAUUAAUCAUUUUAAAAUUAUAACUAUGACAGAGACCAUUCUUCAUAAUGAACACUGUACAUUUAAUUAUUUUAAGUA